AUGCUUCUCUCGGAAUUUGUGGACAUCCUUUCCAAAGAUUUCCCUCAGCUCUACUCGACACUGCAUGUCGGUGAUCUCGUUCGAUUCGCUGGCCUUGCAGCGAGGUCGCCUCAUCAACUAUGGCGCGCAAUCGCUCCUAUGUUAAGCCAAUUCCACGUUCAACCCGGACCUUUGAUCCAGCAACACGGCUAUCGCAGUGAUUUAGAUGUCAAGAUACCUGAAUUUACCCUUUUUACUCCUGUCAAGGACUGCUUACUCUGUCAUGAUCCCAAGAAUGGCCGGCAAAAGUUACAUCAUCGCUCUCAAAUCCAUGGAUACCUAUACGACCUGGACGGCGUUCAUACUGUGGGAAUUGUGACUUUAAAAUGCCCCACAGAAUGUGCCACCCACUAUCGACCAAGCUACUAUUCUUCCGCGAACAAAAUUCGCACGUAUUACUCCGCCCAGAAUGGACGUAAUGACGAAACCUAUCAGAUGCUCGCACACAUUUCCAACUUCAACCUCGUCAACAUAUUCAAUCUCUCCCACAUUGACUACGUGGAGCUACCUGAACUUGAAUCGGCUCCCAAGGUUCUACCCUCAUUAUCCGAAACUACUUGCAGAGACACACUGGAUAUCCAUACUCUGCUACUGCGAGCAGACUGGCGACAAAGCUGCUUGAGCGUCGAGACCUCAGGUCCUCCCAACCAGCGAUACCAUCAGGCGAUGCAAGCGGUGCUGGAGUGGAUUGCGUUGGAAGGCAGCCACCAUCGCAGGCAUGUCUGCUCUGCAUGCCUCCGUGUGGUUCCACUGCCUGGUGAAGACGGUAAUCCCAGAUUAGGAUAUAUCCGAGCGGUCGUGACUGACGGAAUCACAAUUGGACACUGGCGGUGCACAGCGACUCCUGCACAACUACAAGAAUUAGCGCAAGCAGAUGCGCUUCCCCCUCCAAAUGGACCUUGCACAUCCCCUCUUGUCAGUGUCAAGGAUCGCUUCUGUCCCCACCAUCAAAAGCGGCUUGGUAGCCGAUGCCAGGCACAGCCCUGUCGGAACAAUGCUCAACCAGGACAUCACACGUGCGAGCUUCAAGAGCAUAUUCAAGCGUAUUACAAAUUCAAAGCGAGAGUCACAUCAAACUUCACUUUGACCUCCAUGCUCAACCGACCCUCCGAUCCAACAGUGCACCAGGACUGGGAAACCGCCGAGCUAACUGGAUGA